UUAAGAUCGCUGAACCAAAAUAAAAUCGUAGCGUAACGUAAGUAUCUCCUGUGAAAAUCAGAGUUCCUAAAUUCCUAAUUCCACAUAGACACCAAAAAAGGAAAAAAGAAUCCUAAUUCCAUAAAAUUGGUGGGUGUUGUGAGAGAGGGGGCAGAGAGUGUCCAGUUCGAUUCGGUUUCUUCUUUCGUUUCCUGGCUGCCAAACAAAUCGUCAGUUCUUUACCGCGUAUGCAGAGUUUCAUGGAUGGAUUAGCAAUUUGGUUGUUUCGAUUUGUUUUUCGGGGUUUAACUUUUUGCUGCUCUUCCUCUCUCGUCUCUUGCAAUUUGGUUUAAUAGUGAUUCAUCGUUUAUUCUUUCGGAAUGGCUGAGAGUGCAACGGACGAGUCCUUGUUGGCUCGGAUCCAACAACUGGAACAGGAGCGUGAUGAAUUACGCAAAGAUAUUGAACAGUUAUGCAUGCAGCAAGCUGGGCCUGGGUACCUUGCUGUGGCUACUCGAAUGCAUUUUCAAAGGACAGCUGGAUUGGAGCAGGAGAUUGAGAGUUUGAAAAAGAAGGUGGCUGCUUGUACACGAGACAAUCUAAAUCUGCAAGAGGAGCUUUCAGAGGCUUAUAGAAUUAAAAGUCAACUGGCAGAUCUACACAAUGCCGAGGUUUCCAAGAAUAUGGAAGCAGAGAAGCAGGUUAAAUUUUUCCAGGGUUGCGUAGCUGCUGCUUUUGCUGAAAGGGAUCAAGCAAUUAUUGAGGCUGAAAAGGCCAAGGAAAAGGAGGAGAUAAUGUCACAACAAAUAAAUGGCAUUCAUCAAAGGAUAGAGGAGCUCACCUCCGAUUGUGUUAAACUGAAAGAGUUUAAUGAUGCUCUGCAGAUUGAUCUAGCAAAGCAGAUUGAGCUGAGUGUAAAUUUCAAGAUGGUAGUUAAUAAGUUUGUUCAGAUCAGACAAGGUUCUCUGGAAGAAUUUGAAGAUACAAGUUGGGAUGAUAAAUGUGCAUGCCUUUUGCGUGAUCCUGAUGCAUUGUGGAGUUUUAAUGAUGCUUCUACCUCUAAAUACAUUAGUGCAUUAGAAGAACAGCUGGAGACAUUGAGGAAUUCUGUAGAUCGUCUUCAAAAUAAACUAAGGGUGGGCUUGGAAAUUGAAAAUCAUUUGAAGAAGAGAGUAACUAUACUGGAAAAGAAACAAAAUUCGAUGGACAAAGUGGUUGAUAAUGGCAUAGCAGACCUAAAGCAUCAUCACUCUCAGUAUAAGGAGCAUAUUAUGAAUUUACUGAAUGAUGGGGAAUCAAGUAUUAAAUCCAUAAUCAAUGUGAUUGAUGAAAGAGUCCGGAGUUUUGAUCAGAGUACUAUGCCAUAUUUGAUCCCCCAAAGAGAUGGACAACUAGAAGAUCAUGAAUGUCGAGAUGUGCAUAUAAGCCCUCAAACUAAACCAGUAUCAUCAUCCAAGAGUGAUCCUAGCUUGGUGGAACUGAAAGCUGGUGGAAAAGGUGAUAGAUUUGAUGCUCUAGCAGUUGCUUUACAAGAAAAGGUUGCUGCAUUAUUGCUCUUAUCACAACAGGAGGAAAGACAUCUAUUGGAGAGAAAUAUGAAUGCAGCUCUUCAACAGAAGAUUGAAGAACUUCAGAGAAAUUUGGUGCAGGUUACCAAUGAAAAGGUGAAAGCUCUUGUGGAAUUUGCACAACUAAAGCAGGAGCAUCAGUUACUGAUAGAGAAACUGGAUCAGGAGACUAAACACGGAAAAGCCAUGGUUAGCGUUGGAGAAAGAAAGCUUAUUACUCAUGAAAGAGAUGGAAGUUUAAAAAACUUACUGAAGAAAACAUAUCUAAGUCGAUGGAUUGGCCCACUUGAUAAGAGCGGCAAUGAAGUCGACAGUAAUCCAAAUAAUGAAGGAAAAUUCCUUAAUAAGAGAUCCACCAGUAUGGAUUUUGCAAGAAUGAAGAUUGAAAUUGCAACGCUUAAGGAAAGCAUGGAAAGCUUGGAGUGUUUAACUUCAUCAAUUCAUAGGCUUCGUCUCUCUCUUUUCAAGACCAAGGAAUCUGUUGCCUGUGAAGAUGUAGUUUCUAGUAUCUCAGAAGUCCUCAAUGAAAUUAUCAAUGAAGCAAAACUUGUAAAGACUGCACUUGGGAGCUCCUUACCCAUCAGUUGGUCAGGGGAAGGAGAUGCUGGUUACACAGGAGAUAAUGCGGGCAGUGGCACGCUGCAUCAGGAACGCAGUGGUGAGAAGAUAGAUACUGUUUCUGCGGCGGGGCUUGAGAUGGUAGAACUUUUGAUAUUUGCUGCUCAGACAUUGAGAGAUAGCGCAAACCAAAAUAACGUGGUUGUUGAUAGUUGAAAUUGAAGUAGUAAUAGUAUGAUGCUUUCCGUGUUUUUUACUAUUACUGACGUCUUGGUUUGUAUAAAGCUGCAUAUUGGGGAUUCCAUCUGACCAGGGUGAUAUGUGCAAUAGAAUGUUUGUACCUAUUACCCAAUUUGUUGAAA